GCGAUUUGGAAGAUGAAGUGACGGAACAUAAUCGGUAUCUAAGCGAACUGAAUACUAUAAGCAAGUAUUAUACUGAAAUAUCUGAAUUCGGAAAAAAGGUGAUAAAAUGGAAACAUGACUUCAAG